UUCCAUUCAUUUCUUCCACCGACCUCAGAGCGAGCGAGAAAGGGAGAGAGAUGGCUUCCUCUUUCGACGCCUUCAGCAACGACGGCGAGGAGGUGAUGACGGGAUCCACCCGCCCCUUCGACGACGACGGCUACCUCGGCUACGACCCCCGCCUCCCCUCGCAGCGCUUCGACGCCUACUCCUCCUUCGCCGCCGACGAGGACUCCAAGGAUCCCGCCGAUGACUCCCCCGCCGCCGCCUUCCAUGGCGGCGAGGCCUUAAGCGGCGGAGACGACGAUGUCCCAGUCCGCCAUGCCUCCGGCGACGCAAGCUUCCCGCCCUCCCCCGAGGGCUUCGGCUACCGCCCCCCCGAUCCGCAACCGGACUUCGCCUCCUCGCCCUCCCCCUUCUCGAUGCCGGAAUCCAACGGGAAGUCCUACGAGGUGGCGGAUCACGGCGGGGUCUUUGCUACCGACGGCCUGAUCCUACCGCCGCCAAACGAGAUGCAGCCGGAUGAGGGGUUUAUCCUGCGGGAGUGGCGGCGCCAAAAUGCUAUUCUUCUUGAGGAGAAAGAAAGGAAGGAAAAGGAGUUACGGAACCAAAUUAUUGCUGAAGCUGAUGAAUACAAGCAAGCUUUCUAUGAGAAAAGGAAGUUAAACUGUGAGACAAACAAGAUCCACAAUAGAGAGAGGGAGAAGCUAUUCCUGGCCAACCAAGAGAAAUUCCACGCCAAUGCUGACAAGCAUUACUGGAAAGCAAUCUCGGAGCUGAUACCACACGAGUUACCCAGCAUUGAGAAGAAGGGAAAGAAAGAGCGAGAGAAGAAGCCGUCUAUCGUUGUUGUGCAGGGGCCAAAGCCGGGCAAGCGCACCGAUCUCUCGAGGAUGCGCCAAAUAUUGGUGAAACUCAAGCAUAAUCCCCCACCACACAUGAAACCCUCUCCCCCACCAGCCCCAGCCAAAGAUGGAGUUGCUGCUGGUGCGGCUGUUGCAAGCAAGCAGGGAACACCCGCUAAAGAGGCCAAAGCUAAUGGCAGCAAGCCAACCAAGGAACAGCCUUCUGCAGCAACAACGGAAGGCCAGUCAGGCACAGUGGAAGAGCCUGCUCCCACUGCAUGAAUACGAGGCUGAAAGCCCUGUUUGGUUGGACAUGCUAUAAAACGGUCUGCUUAUGUUUCUAUAUAUAUAUAAAAAAUGUUGUAGGAAGCCUUAGUCUCUCCAUUUGGCAGCAGAGAUGAAGUUCCUUUCAUAUUUGCUUCCUACUUAUAAUCAUUUUAUUGUUUUAUAUUAUGUAGAGAUCUGUUGUUAGCUCAGGCUAUAUUCUCUUGGCUUUGUUUAUCAGGAGUUGGGCGUGUGAUGUGCUGGUGCUUUAUUAUCAGAUAACUCUGUUGGAUUACAUGAAUUUGAUAACCGACUUCCUAAAUCA